AUUCAUUUAUUUAGUAAAAUGUCUCAACAUUUACUUGAUGGUUUGGAACAAAAUGUUGUACAUUUAUUUUUAUUUUUUGACAUUGAUGGUUCUCAGAGGAUGAAUCCUAAUGACUCUGGUGAUCCAUGUUGUCGCUAUUAGUUUUUUGUGAAAUACCCCAGCCACUGUUGGAUGCCUUCCCAUGAAAUUUGGUACAUGUUUCCCUCUGGAUGAACUCUGACUUCCUCUAGUCCAAUAUUCUUUGUCUUGUUAAUCUGUCAGUUUCUCUUUGCUGCAAAAAUGAACAGUUUAAAGUUUUUCUCUUAAUACAUAGACACAUUUAACAUUUUAUAACCACAGAAGAAGGUUACCUAUAUACUCAUAGUCACUUGUGAAUUCAUCUCCAGAGGCCAUGACAAAUGAAAAGUAGUGUUUUACCUGUGGAUCACCUGGUUGUAGCUACACUACAGUGUAAUCACCCUGCCUGAAGGAGCUGUCACAGCCAGGCGGAAGGCGCCACUCUCACUCUCUGCAGAUGGUGUUUGUGUGUACAAGGGCUGAAAGACAGAAUCAGAAGAAACCAAACUAAGGAUAUGGUUUACCUCAUGUUCUUUACUUUCUAUUCACAUGUUUCAACACCUGCAUUCCUUGCAUGAUAAUGAGUUCUGUGACAUGAAAUUGCUGUUAAUUCCCUGUAGCUUAUAAUAUGCAGUGCCGAGGCUAAAUAAGCACAAAGCAUACACAUUGUUAAUGUGUUCUGAGGGUGCUCUAUGUAGCAAAUGUGGGGCAAAGUUUAAAAGUUUGACGCAGUUCCGGACUCAGAGAUGCUGUAUCACAUGCACGUUGCACAUUUGCAAAACUGUAAUUUGUUGUGGUGAAAUGGGGAUUUACUGUCGCUGCAAUGCUUUCAUCAGUCAGGGGAUUUGUUUAAUUUGCUUCAGGUUUUAUAUUAUGAACUUACUUGCUACACACAACAGUGUGUGGACACACAAUGUAGCUGCUGAAAGAUCCAUCAACUAACCAUGAGGUAAUGAACGCACUGACUGAAUAGCCCAAAGAAGCAAUAAUUAGAAACCACCUCCAGCGUCCCAGGAGAUAAUUACCCACUCAGAUUAAAAUUUGGUUUGCCUCUUGUCCUUGCAAGUUGUCAACUGCAUUGAUUAUAUUUGCAUGACAUAGCUGUCUUGCACAGAAUUGCUUUGAAACUCAAACAAUAGAGCAUAACUAGGGUACUUGUUUGUUUGUUAUGAAUGUUCAUAUUUUCAAGCCCUCAGUUAAAUUGAUAGUUCCAACCUCUUAAUCGGUUCUCAUUUCCAUUUUUAUGCCAAAAUCUAAUCAGUUCCCAACAUGAACCCUUGAUAUAGAAACUGUGACAUUGAUUAUUCAAAUGAUCCUCAUUGGGAACGAGGGGAGAUGAUCCUUUUCUCUGUGAGACUCUCUUUUGACUGUUAUGAUGCUUGAGAUGUGUUCAGGCAAAGUAGAGUACAGAAUACAUUAUAUGUAUAACAGGACUGUAGUUUAAGAAAGUACGCUCUUAACCACUGUGUUUCAGUAAAUAAACAGUUAUGGGAGUGGUGGGUGUCAGCUUUAUAACACAGGACUAAUCUGAAGGCUUGCAGGCCAAAAUGCUCCCCAAAUAAAUACUUUCCUUAGAUUUGGGAUAAACAUCUUAAGAGCUCAUUUUACUUUUAGCUGUAAUCCACCCUACCCUAUACUUAUAACAACAUUAAACAUCAGUUAUCUUGAAGUUGUCUGCGGUUGUGCCUUUCUUUUUUUUUUCCGGGUAGUUUAUUUUGACUGUCUCCAGAUGAAAUAUUGAUUCAGUCUUGAUUGGCUCAAGAUGGCCACAGUGAAAAAAAAAGAAAUCUGUGGGUUGUUGUGUGCAGCUGUAGUUAGUGUUUAAUUCAGCUUUGAACAUGAUGCUGCGUAUCAUGGAAACAACGCCAUGGGUAGGUUGGACCCAAACCUCACUUUCUAAAGUUGUGUGUAAGAAUAUAUGGCUGGAUUCUAAGCUCCUGAGACUAAGAUUUUAUAAUCAGGAAUAUAUAUCAUAUCAGGAAUAAUCAGCACAUGGCUUUUAUUUUUUGAUUUUCUGUGUCCUUUGAAGAUCAUGGGGAAUAGAUAAAGUGACUAAAGCAAACUUCCUCCCUGAUUUAGACCAAAAUGUUUUGGGUGUUUGUAAAGCUGCUCUUCUAUGGAUUUUGACAACGAUUAUACAGACGCAAACUGUAGACAUUGAGCCGAGUGUGCACAGAUAUAUGUGUGCCUACCCCACACUGCUGCCAGCAGAACUAACGCAGGUGAAGCGAGGCGGAAGAGAGAGCAGUGCUAAUUGGUGUUUGGGGCAAUCAAUGUGAGCUGAGGAUUUUAGCUCUUUGGUCCGUCGCGGCUCUGCCCCAUUCGGAGACUCUGACUCUGUAACCUUUGCUUGGAUGAUCAGGUUGCACCAGCACUGUCAGUAACUAACUUCCUCUGUGUCUUCAUCCACAAUGGGAGGGAGACCCCGCAGGAACUCUCCCAGCGCUGAAACCAGUGGACAGCAGCGAGCUAAUUGGGCCUGGUUACUGGAGGAAAGAAUACAGAGACAGAUUACACUGGUGGCAGAUUAUUGGGGGGUUAUGCACUACUGGAUAGAAUUAUUUUAAAAUCAGGCUACUUCUGGUUAUCUGCAUAUAUGUACUAGACAAGCUACAUGAGCUAAUUAUGCUCAAACAUGUCAAUGCUAUUCUAUGGAUGAUACCCUCUAAUAAGACUGUCAAACACUACAACUACUGCUGCUUCAAACCUCUAGAGGUACAACUAGUACUACAACAGCUGUUACCACUUCAUCUACUACUGCUAGUAUUACUAUUUAAAAUACUUUUACUGCUUCAGCCUCCCUCAGCCACUGCUUAUGGCUUGAUCAUACUUGUCCACCUGCACGCAAGUAAAUUUGCACGAAUGUUGUUCAGAGAUGGUUUUUGUGUGUAACAUUAAUGUGUCCGUUUUAGCACGCAUCUUUAAAGGAAGUUGGAUCAAACAAGUAGCGUGUUUGACGCACAAGAUCACAGAAAUGUUGAGAUUUGGGAUGGGUGCACGUCGGAUGCUUUGUUAGCUUCUGCUGCUUACUCAUGCUCUCUGUGGUCCACAUACAGUAGACAUUUACGUGUAUCUUCACAGAAGCAUAACCACUAACCUCAUGAGAAUAUUAUUUUUAGUUUUCAUAUUUUUAGUUUUCUGUAGUAUUUUUCUUGACCCAGUAUUGAAUGAUAAAAUGCAACAAUAUGUUCUAUUUUGGAAUAAGAAGUCAUACAUUUUUGCUAAUAUUAAACGUUUUCAUAAAGUUAGUAAUUAAGUUUUCACAUCUUAAACAUAAUGAUAUGGUCCUAAAAGCCGAAUUAAAAGAGCAAUACUUACACAUUUUCAGUCCCUCCAGGAAAUAGCGAUUUUGCAAUCGCAAUAGCCUAAUUAACACAAAUUCAAGAAAUCCACGCAAUAUUUGCCAGAGCUUGUAAUUUUGCUAAAUUAUCACAAAUUUUCCACAUGAAAUGGCCAAAUCAACAGACUGCCUGUGAUUUCGACCAAUUGUUGCAUUUCGUAUCGUGGUAACUUAGGUCAUUGCAAGCGCACACCGUACAUUGAGCAGGGAUUCAGGCGCACAUUCAGGUGAAAGAUGGACAAAUCUUACCUGCCAACAAAAAUUACUGCCAUAGGCCAUGCAAAAUAAUUCCUAAAUGUUCCCAAAUGAGGUUUGCAUUCAAUUGGAUUUUUGACUAAUUGGAUUCUUUGAUAGAGAAGUCUAGUUGUUAUUAGCCUGCGGGUAAAUGUUUCCAGUAAGUUUUGUUCCCCUAGAGUCUUCGUUUUUGCACACACGCACACACACGCACGUGUCCAUGCAGUCCAUAAACCUAUCUGUAGGGAGCACACUGAAAUGACAGAGGGGCCUCUUAAUUGAUUUGCAUGUGUUCAACACAGAGUGAGCUCAUGCUGUGUGAGCACUUUGCUUCAUACAGAGAUGGCUGCAUUCACACCAAAUCCGGCAAUGCGUGAAAAACAGCAGUCUUACCAUUCAUUUGAUCGGGGGCACUAUGUAUAUGCUGCAGGACUGGGAACCGCAUAGGCCGUCUGGCAAUAAAUUGAACUGGAAUCAAUUUUUGCCGAAACGCAACCCGACGUCACACUGCGGUGGCCAAUCACAUACACGCAAGCAGACAUUCCUGGUGGAUUACUUUGUAACGUCAACGUAUUCGGCUGUUUACCUCGUGAAAAACAAGACAGUUUCCGCCGUGAAAACUUUCAAGACUUGCAAAAUCAUGUCUGUGAGUUUUACAAACCGCUGCGCUGUGUUUUGGCUUCUGAUAAAUCCUCGAAUGCAUUAAUCUGUAACUCCAACUCGACUUCCUGGAUCGUAUUUCAUUGUCUUACCGGUACCUCAAACAACACGCCCCCACCAUCGUAGCCCCCUACGUUGCAGUGCCGGAUUUGGUGUGAAUGCAGCAUAAUGAUAUUGAGGCGCUGGGGAGUCGAGCCCCUGAUGCUACUGUAAUCCUGCUGAUUACAGAGAGCACACAGUCUCUCUGAGGGCUGAUCACAGAGCUCUGGCCAGCAUACUACAGUCACUUCACAGGUGGCCUUUGUACGUGUGGACAUCUGUAUAUGAGAGACACACACAGACACGGAGAGAGAUGUGAGAGUAUAAGAAAAAACUGGGAACAGACUAUAGAGCCCAGCAUCCCUACAGGUAUGAGCUUCAAACAGGCACGAGACGCCUCUGUCUCCACCGACAGAGCAGAGACUGGGACUAAUCGCAGCGGGCGCCACACACCUCAGGAAGCGUAAUUAACUGUAAAUGAGGCUGAUGUGCGGCUGUGGAAUCGGGGGUGUGGCACCUACAGAGAUCCGAUCCAACUACACCGUCCAAUCGUCUUCCUCCGAGCCCGGGAUCAUUGGCUGGAAGUCCGAGUACCUCCCAAAGUUUUACCAGCCACAAAGUUGACAACUUUGUGACUACUUGUUACUCUGAAGUUCUCUCCGUGUUGGACGCUGGGUGUUUGCACUUAAUGACAAAAAAGUUAUGAGUUUUCUGGACUGGAAUUAGAUAUCGAUCUCUACCCCCAAAGCGAAGCAUGUUUUCCCCUGGAGACUGGAGAGAUGAGUGUUCAACAGACGAGGAUGUGCAAGCACCGCGGCUGAAGAGGCGUACGGCUCAGGUGUCCUGCCUGCCCUUCAGCGUAGAGGCGCUCAUGUCGGACACGAGGCCGCUGGCUGCGACCGACAGACAAAACGGAAAUAAGUCUUUGAAUGAUGAUCAGGUGCAGAGGCCGGAUGAGAUUUCCCAACAGUUAGUGUCUAUCAAAACAGAGCCAUCGGAACAAGGAGACUGUGCGUCUUGGAUAUCCAGUCCCAUUAAGCUCUCCACCCCACCCAGGCAGCUCAGUCCAGCAGUCUGCUCCUUAAGGAAGCACAAAACCAACCGUAAGCCCCGCACUCCCUUCACCACCACGCAGCUCCUGGCCCUGGAGAGGAAGUUUCGACAGAAGCAGUACCUGUCCAUCGCCGAGCGGGCCGAGUUCUCCUCCUCCCUAUCGCUGUCAGAGACCCAGGUCAAGAUCUGGUUCCAAAACCGACGAGCUAAAGCCAAGAGGCUUCAGGAGGCUGAGGUGGAAAAACUCAAAAUAGCAGCUGGCGUGGGGCCCAAAGCUCUAUUUCACCCUGGCUUCUCAUCCUUAGGUUUCCCCUUCGGUGUUAACCUGCAGGCUGGAUCAGCAGCGCUCUAUGGACUGGGCUCAUACAGCCGCAGCCCCAUUCUCCGCGCUGCGCAACUGGCCAUGUACACCUCUCCAGUUGGCUACAGCGUGUUCAACCUCUCCUGAGAGGAAGCAGCAUUACACAGACAGAACUGUGGGGACAUGGAUGUGUAUAAAAAGGAUGGACAAGACUAUAUCAUGAAGACGUGCACUUUAUGAGAGACUUGAUGAAGAGCGUGAAGUGGUGCUCAAGCUUCAUGAUCUUCACUGGUCUUGAAAGGAGAAGUUAUAAAAAUGUCCAUUUACUUUUUGCAUGGAUGGACAAGGAUACAGCAUCUCAAAGAUCCUUCUUUGCUGUUUGCCAAUGCUGAUUCAGCAGAGGGUCACUGAUAAAGAAUGGAAUAUUGAUCGGGCCACGUUUAUCUGAUUGUUGUCCUGAAUACCAGAUUGCAUUUAUUGUGUAUUGUCUUUUUAUUAGUAUUUUCUACUCUUCUUGUAUUUCCUGGAUGAUUCCAGCACCUGUAAUAUAAUUUUUUACUUGUUAACCUUGAAUAUUCAGGGAUAUUUUAUAUUAUACUUUUCUGAGACCAGUAACUACAAUUACUACUACAAUUGGAGAAUUACAUUUUAUCCAGGUGAAAUGCAUGCUUGGUUAAAAGCCAAAUUAUUCCCAAAUGACACAUAUUUAUUUAUGAUAGCCCUUAGAUUCAUAUAUUUCAUGAUGCAUAUAUACAUUUUGUCAUUAAAUUAAAGCUUUAAGUAACCCUC